AUGCUGCAGGAAACGGCCAGUGAAAACUUCAGGAAGUUCAGCAACAAGCAGCCUCGAAGAAGGAUUCUGGAGGAGGAGAGACACUCAGGGAGAAGAAGAAAGUUGAGUUCCUGUCUGUCCCAAGGGAGAGAAGAUUGGACAUGUCACCCUCCUAAGAGUACCUGGGCCAGGACUGCGGACACCAGCCAGAGAUAUGAAGGAAUAUUUCAUGGAAGGACGCUGACAGGAGAUGUAAAGAUGGGAUCUCGGCUUCUCUCCCUGUGUAUGCUGCUCGGCAUCUGCCUGGGCGAACCUGAUGCUCACUUUGAUCCGUCUACAUGCCGCUAUGCAUUGGGCAUGCAGGACAGAACCAUCCCUGACGAGGACAUCACAGCUUCCAGCGCAUGGUCAGAUUCCACGGAAGCCAAACAUAGCAGGCUAGAAAGUCAUGAUGGUGAUGGUGCAUGGUGCCCAGCAGGACCGGUAUAUCCGAAUAAUGAAGAGUAUCUACAGAUAGAUCUGAGGAAGCUCCAUUUCAUGACCCUUGUUGGCACACAGGGCCGCGAUGGAGGUGGGCUUGGCAAGGAAUUUGUCCGGCAUUACCAACUGCGCUACAGUCGAGACGGUUACAAAUGGGCCCAGUGGCAAGACCGCUGGGGAAACGAGGUCAUAGUGGGUAAUGAAAACACAGGUGAUCUCGUUUUAAAGGACUUGGGGCCUCCACUAAUAGCCCGCUAUGUUCGAUUCUACCCCAUGGCUGACCGAGUCAUGAGCGUUUGCCUUAGAGUUGAACUCUAUGGCUGUGUCUGGCAAGAUGGUCUUCGUUUUUAUACCUCUCCGCCUGGAAACAUCAUGAAGCUUCCUUCGAUGCUUGUAAAUCUAAAUGACUCAACAUAUGAUGGAUACACUGUUGGCGGCCUGCACUAUGGAGGUCUGGGGCAGCUGACCGAUGGUGUAAUUGGGGCGGAUGAAUUUCUCCAGAACAAGGAGCUAGGUGUCUGGCCUGGAUAUGACUAUGUUGGCUGGAAUAAUGCAAGCUUCCCAACUGGGUACCUUGAAAUGGAGUUUGAUUUUGAUGCCUUACGAGCUUUUACAUAUAUGAGGGUGCAUUGUAAUAACAUGGGGUCACGAGGAGUCCAGAUAUUCCGCCGCGUGGACUGUUACUUCAAGCGCUCCUUACAUACUCCAUGGGACCUCCAGCCCGUCAGCCUCUCCCUGGCCCUGGACAUCCGGGACCCCAGUGCCCGCACUCUCACCAUCCCGCUGUCCAACAGAAUGGCACGAAUCCUGCGCUGUCACUAUUACUUCUCUAGCCAAUGGAUGCUCUUCAGUGAAAUCUCCUUCCUCUCUGAUGUCCUGGACUCCUCAGAACCAGAGGAACCAAGCCCUAUGCCAGAACCAAGAGAGGCAACCCCCCUACCAGCUGUAACAGGACUGCCUCAGGGCACGAGCCAAAAAAUAAAACCAGCCAUCACCACAAUGGGGAGCUUCAGUGAGAGUGUUCACGAAGCUGUCAGCGUUAACCGCAUAAACCAGCCAAUUGCUAAGGACGACAACAACAACACCUCCAUUCUGAUUGGCUGCUUGGUGGUCAUAAUCCUGCUCUUAUUGGUGGUCAUCAUCCUUAUCCUGUGGAGGCAACGCUGGAAGAGAUUGCUGGGGAAGGCUCAGCAUCGCCCCUCCGACAGUGACCUCGCUGCCCACCUCUCCCUCCCUUUGGACACCGUGGUCAUCAACAACACACAGAACCUCUCACUGGUGUCCCGCCACAGUAACCGCUAUGAGCGCAUUCUGACUACGGAUGGGGAGUACCAGGAACCAAGCCACAGCGCCCUGGCCAAGAUGCCCACUUUGUGCUCCAGCUCUGAGGGUACAGCUCUACUGUUAAACAACCCAGCCUAUGAGCUCCUGCUUGCCACCUACAGCCGGCCAAUCACAGAACCUGGCGGCCUGCAGGUUAAGCCAAUCAACAGCCAGGAAGGGGGGUACAGGGAGCUGGAUUCUCCUAAGCUGCCUGCCAUUUGCCCUCCUAGUGUCCCCCACUACGCAGAAGCAGAUAUUGUCACUCUGCAAGGGGUGACAGGGGGUAACACCUAUGCCGUACCUGCCCUGACUGCCGACACUCUCACAUCCAAAGAAUUGCCCCUCAGCAAGUUCCCUCGAGGGCAUCUCCUCUUCCGGGAGAAGCUGGGAGAAGGGCAGUUUGGAGAGGUUCACCUGUGUGAAGUGGUCAAUCCUCAAGAACUACCUGUUCUGCAGUUUCCCUUCAACAUGCGCAAGGGUCGGAGUCUUUUAGUGGCUGUGAAGUUACUAAGAGCAGAUGCAAAUAAGAAUGCCAGGAGUGAUUUCCUGAAGGAAUUGAAGAUCCUGUCUCGUCUGAGUGACCCACACAUCAUACGUCUCUUGGGGGCCUGCUUAGAUGAGGACCCACUGUGCAUGAUCACAGAGUACAUGGAGAAUGGGGACCUCAACCAGUUCCUGAGUUCCCACCAGCUGGCAGAGGAGGACGAGAGCAUGGAAGAUGGACACAACCCUCCAUGUAUCAGUUAUCCUAGCCUCCUCCAUGUGGCCCUCCAGAUCUGCUCCGGUAUGAAGUAUCUCUCUUCCCUGAACUUUGUGCACCGGGAUCUGGCCUCUCGAAACUGCCUGGUGGGAGAAAACCUAACCAUUAAGAUAGCCGACUUUGGAAUGAGCCGCAACUUGUAUGCUGGAGACUACUACCGGAUACAGGGGCGGGCAGUGCUGCCAAUCCGGUGGAUGGCCUGGGAGUGCAUACUCAUGGGAAAAUUCACCACAGCCAGCGAUGUCUGGGCAUUUGGGGUGACGCUGUGGGAGGUUUUGAUGUUAUGUAAGGAGCAGCCAUACGGAGAGCUAAAUGACGAAGAUGUGAUUGAGAAUGCCGGCGAAAUCUUUCGAGACAGCAAGAAACAGAUCUAUUUGUCGCGGCCACCCAUCUGUCCUCCAUCGCUGUAUGAGCUGAUGCUGCAGUGCUGGGCCAGGGACUGCAGGGAAAGGCCUUCUUUCCAGGACAUGCACGCUUUGCUCACCUCUCACGCCCUCUGCUGUCCCACUGUGGAACUGAAGGAGUAACUGGAGCGCCACACGUUCUGUGGACACCCUUCAACCCUCCAUCGUCAUCCUUUGUGAUCCGGCCUUUAGAAAGCAUCUCAUCAUUUCAUCCCGAGCAUCAGCCCAUGACCCCCCUUUUUUUUUUUUUUUUAGCUAUUCCAUUUUACUGUACCUCCCCAGUCAAGAACACUGGAGAUCGGUUACAGGCAGACAAAACACUAUACACUGAAACAUGCAAUGUGAACACGUCUGGUUCCAGAACACGUCUACACUGGAUCUUACAUUGACCACGCAGUGACAUAACCCCAAGGUCAGGUUAAUACAUCCGGGCUUAUUAAAAGGGCCACUACC